AAAUACAAACAAGGCAACGUAAUAUUUACACUCGAACCGCCUCACACCUACUCUGUCAACACAAUUAAUUGGUUCUUCAAGAGCACGGUUUGCCAACAUAGAGAACAGUUCCCCAGCAAUACGUUGGUGUUCGCAGCACAGAUUGAACCAAAAUGAGUAGUAGCUAGGUUCAUCACAGACAACGUAAUAUUUUCAAAAUGGAGGACGUUGGUGGCUCAUGUAGUAAGGAAAAACUGAGUACCGACAAAAAAGACUUAGGAAACAAGGAACAAAAUGAAAGUUAUGAAAGCAUUCUUCCAGGCUUCAAAACGUUUGAGGAAUUCAGACAGGCAGGUUUCAAAGCCCUCAUGGAAGCUACAAGAAAUUCAAAUAGUUUACCUACUGGUCAGAGUUGGGAUUAUUAUACAACUUACCCGUCAUUUAAAAAGGUUAUGGAUGCUGAAGGUGCACGUGUACUGAAGCUGAUAUCACUGAUACUUCAUCACCAGGGUAUCAGAGGAAAUAUUUUGAGACGAGACUUUGAAGAGAAAUUUGAUUUGAUUGUGGAUGCAAAUGAUUCAAUUUUGGAACGAGUGGGUUUCAACUUGGAUGAGAUAUCGGGUAUCCGACGCAAUCCUGAACCUGUUCUUGUGGAAGCUGUGGGUUCCUCUGCUCGACCUGUGAGUGGAAGUUGGAACCUGAUUCGAUCACAAACUUUAUCAGAUGGUAACAGUUCUGGUCUACAGCCUGUCCGAUUGCUGACCGCGAAGAACAUCCAGCGUCCCCAAAUAAAGUUCAAGGAUAAGAUUGACAACUCUUCAUUACCAUUUGAACCUCGAAUUAAAGAAAAACCAAAUUCAUUGAAACCUCUAGCCGUAACACUCCAACUGUCAGAAGAUGGUGAAGAAAGUUUUAGUCAUCCGUAUGAGUUUGAGUUGGAACAUUUUACUCCAUCAAACACACAGUUGGAACAUACAGAGCCACAUGUGUAUAAGCCACUAGAAGAAACACCACUGAUCAUGGUGGAUCAUGCAGACCAGCUUCCUGAUCUCCUGCAAGACCUUGCCAGUUAUUCAGAAAUUGCUGUGGACCUGGAGCAUCACUCAUACCGCUCUUUCCAAGGUUUCACCUGCCUGAUGCAGAUCUCGACAAGAGAGACAGACUACAUCAUUGACACCCUGCUUCUAAGGGACAAAUUACAUUGCCUCAAUGAGGUUUUCACCAAACGAAGCAUCAUCAAGGUGUUCCAUGGGGCUGUCCAUGAUAUAGAAUGGCUGCAGCGAGACUUAUGCUUGUAUGUGGUGAACAUGUUUGAUACCCAUGAGGCAGCCAAGACCUUAAACUUUUCACAACUAUCACUAGCAUUCCUGAUGAAACAUUAUUGCAAUGUGAUAGCAGACAAACACUUUCAGCUUGCAGAUUGGAGGAUCAGGCCACUGCCUGAUGAGUUAGUGAUGUAUGCUCGUCAGGACACACACUACUUGCUCUAUAUUUAUGACAUGAUGCAAAAUGCAUUAUUAGAUGCAGCGAAUGGACAAAGGAACCUCCUACAGUCUGUCUUCCAGCAGAGCACUGAGAUUUGCAAGACGAGGUAUGAGAAGCCAGUUCUCCGAGAAGACAGUCAUAUGCUCCUGUACCGACGCAACAAGAAACUCUUUGACAAUCGCCAGCUAUAUGCUUUGCAAAAAUUGUAUCAGUGGCGUGAUAGAAUUUCCAGGGAGGAUGAUGAGAGUACAGGGUAUGUAUUGCCAAACCACAUGAUGCUUCAGAUUGCGGAAUCUUUGCCAAGAGAAAUGCAAGGUAUUAUGGCAUGCUGCAACCCUAUUCCUCCUCUUGUACGACAGAACUUGCUCACUCUCCACAACAUAGUUCUGGAAGCUCGGAAUCAGCCCCUUGUGAAGCCUAUCCUGGAGGAAGAGUUGAGGACAAGGGUCAGUACCCAGACCUGGAACAAGGUGAACCUGGAUGGAGUCCUUCACUGCCCUCAUGAUCUCACACACAUACAGGACUUUAGGGAUGACCUUCCAACUCUUCUUGGAAGCACAUAUAAUGCUAAUGAGAUAAAAGCUGGGGUGCUGAAUAUACAGAAGACAAAACCAAUAAUCUCACUGUUUGAGGCUGAAACACCUGAAGCAGACAUUGACACCCAUGACUAUGUGACAUUUGUAUGUCCAUAUGAACGGUACAAGCGAGUGAAGCCAUUUGUCCAGUCACAGGAAUCUGCUUCAGCAUCCACUGAAGAUGUUGCAGCAGUAAAUGGAACAAGGCAAGACGGCGAUGAUGAGGAGCAGAUGCAGAGGGUAAAGGUGGACCUUACGGAAAUCAAUUCUAAGAUGGUAACAAAGAAGGGUGAAGAAAAAGGAGAGGGUACCAACAAUGCUGAAAUCAUACACUCACAACCAUCAUCAUCACUGCUGCUACAACUAAAGCCUGAAGAGUCAGAAGGGGUGGAAACAUUAAGAAGCAAGGUUUCAAGAAAGCGUAAAAAUUUUAACAAGAAAUUCUCCAUUGCCCAGCCUGAACAGAAUAAUAGUGAUGCACAGUCAUGUAAAAGACCAAAGCCAGAUGAAUCUGUCAAAGAUAACAUUUCUUCACCACAUUACACACCACACACUGGCAAUAAAAGAGGAAAACGUGGGAAAAAGAGGCAGAAUGAAGAAGGUUUCCAGCCAUUUGACUACAGUAAAGUGAAUUUCAGCAGGUUCCAGGGUGGUAGCAAGGUGUCUGUGACAAAUCACAGAAAUGAACAAAAGCCAAAGGGUAAAAAGAGAAGACGUGGGAAGAACAAAAGUAUGACAUUUGGAAGGGAACAGUGGUAGCCACCGGUGUAGAGGACACUGCAAGAUCCCUUGAAAGUAAAGGAGAAAACCUUCACAGUAAGUGCUACUUACAGUGCAUUCUUCUUGUUUUUAGUUUAAUAAAUCUAUGAUUUUGUACAGAUUUUAAUUGUACCAAAUAAAAAAUAACAAUUGGU